AUGGGAGAGUGUUCGAAUGAAAAUUUGGAGGUGGGAGGUGAUACGGAGUUGAUACAAGAGAGAGCUGAGAAUAAUAGUGCUUUUGUUCUGUUAAAUGAGGUGAAUGUUCCUGAAGAGAUGGUACCUAAUAUGGGGGUUGAUAUUAGGAAUAGUGUGGAAGAGUUGCAAAAUGAUGAGAAUCCUCUUGUUUGUGCUCAGCUAAAUGAGAGUCCAGUUGAGCAGGAGAGGGGAGUCCCAAGAGAGGUUGCUGAGACUCCUUUGGUUACACCAGCG